AUCAGAUACCACCCGUUUGUCACCUAAAGCUAUUGAAGAAAUCAGAAAUGCUCAGAAUAAUAUUCCAAAUACUCGACGUCUGGUAAGUACUGAGCAUGAUACCUCUUCUACUAAUAUACAAGAAGAUGAGAUCAUUCAUAUAGAGCAUCCUGGAGAUGAUAAAGAUGGUGCAAAUUCUCAUAUAAGGCUGAAUACAAUUAGUAUGAAGGCAAAGGGUGAAUCUUCUCUAGUGAAAAAAAUUAGAAUAACCAAUUCUUCCAAAGAUGAUACAUUUAGACGGGAAUCUGAUCUUGAAAAAUUAAUGAAUGAUACUAAAAGAUUAGCUCCUAUUCUUCUAUAUUUGUCUCA